AUGACGGUUCGGGCGGGGAACAUGGUGGAAGGUCGAGCGGGUGGUUUGGCCUCAUCUGAGCUUCAGACGUCCCCUCACUCCACUUUGUGUUGUUUCUCUCUCUCAGCUCCGGCCUCUCUGACUCUGAAUCCUGACACAGCUCAUCCCAACCUCAUCCUGUCUGAGGACCUGACCAGCGUGAGACACGGAGACACACGGCAGCAGCUCCCGGACUCCCCGAAGAGGUUUGAUCCCUGUGUCUGUGUUCUGGGGUCUGAGGGCUUCACAUCAGGGAGACAUUACUGGGAGGUGCAGGUGGCCAACAAGACAGACUGGGAUGUGGCAUUGGCCCGAGAGUCUGUCAACAGGAAAGGAAAGAUUACACUGUCACCAGAGGAUGGACUCUGGGCUGUGUAUCUGAGAAACGGGGAUGUAUAUAAAGCUGGUACAUCACCUCCCACCCGCCUGCCCCUGAGAGAGAGACCCGGGAAGCUGGGAGUGUUCCUGGAUUAUGAGGGAGGACAGGUGACAUUUUACAACGCUGAUAACAUGUCUCAUCUCCACACUUUUACCCAGACUUUCACCGAGAAACUUUAUCCUUACUUUAGUCCAGACUUGAAUUAUGGCGGCAAAAACUCAGAUCCUCUGAGGAUCUGUCGGGUGACAGAUUAAUGAGGAGGAAACCCUCAGCCAUGACCUGUGUUUGUUUGUGAUGGCCACGAGGCUCAACCUUUUAUAAACUAUGUCGCUUUUCAAUAAAGCUUGUGGUUUA